AGCACACCCGCCUUGAGUACUGGAACUAUGCCGCGGGGCCGGCCUCGCAAACUGAGAGUUAAAAGCAACGACGAAACAGAUACGGAUCCCAGUGUAACUAAGGCAGGAAGUUUGGGUGAUGGGGAGCUUAAGGACAAGAAGUGCACAAUAUGCUCUCAGAUCUUCACCACAGAUAGUCAGCUGCAGAAGCAUCUCCGUGAACAUGAGCUCAACGAUAAGCCCCAUCGCUGUGACCAGUGCUCACAGACCUUCAACGUGGAAUUCAACCUCAAACUGCACAAGUCAACACACACCACCUCCGACUUCACCUGUCCCGUCUGUCAUAAGAAGUUUACGCGGAUCGCCAGCCUCAAAUCUCACAUCAUGCUGCACGAGAAGGAAGAGAAUCUCAUCUGUGCAGAGUGCGGAGACGAGUUCGUCCUCCAGAGCCAGCUCUCCCUGCACCUGGAGGAGCAUCGGAAGGAGCUGUCGGGCGUCAGCGUCUACCCAUGCAAAACCUGCGGCAAAGAGUUCAAGACGUCCGUGCAAUUUAAGGACCACAUGAAGAGCCACAUGAAGAUCAGACCGCUCUCCUCCAGUUCCAGAAACUACAAGAAAAACAUAGAUCGCAGUGGGUUCACAAACAGCUGCCAUCACUGUGGGAAGGCCUUCAAAAAGCCCAGCCAGCUCGUCCGACACAUACGAAUACACACAGGUGAAAGACCCUACAAAUGCACGGAUUGCGGAAAGGCUUUUAACCAGAAGGUGGUGCUGCAGACUCACAUGGUGAGGCACACCGGCGAGAAACCUCACCUCUGCAUGUUCUGCCCGGCGUCCUUCUCACAGAAGGGCAACCUGCACUCCCACGUUCAGAGGGUUCAUUCUGAGACCAAAGGAGUACCUUUGUUCCCCUGCAUGGACUGCAGCUGUGUAUUUAAGAAGCUGGGGAGUCUGAACGCCCACAUCAGCAAGAUGCACAUAUCUGUGAUUGAGGUUCCCUCCAACACUCCGGAGAACGAGACCACGGGUCAGGCUGCAGGGGGUUCAGAGGGAGGUGAGGGGGUGACCGAUGUCAUCCAGCAGCUUCUGGAGCUGUCUGAGCAGGUCAGCGGGGAAACAGCCCAGCCUCAGCCUCCAGAGCCAGCCAUCACCAUGGAAACUGCUAUCAACCAGGAUAUUCUGCAGCAAGCUCUGGAGAACAGCGGGCUGAGUGUGGUCCAGCCACAGGGCGAAGCCACAUCAGCAGAGUCACAGGGCCAAAACACAGAAGCUGCUGUUGAAGAGGGCAAGAAAGGACCGGACAAACCCAUCAGGGAGAAGAAGAGGAGCAUUUUUAAGAAACCUAUACAGAUGCCAGGCUCCAUCAGGGAAGAGGACGGCGUCCGCUGGCACGGCUGCCCGUACUGCUGCAAGGAGUUCAAGAAACCCAGCGACCUCGUUCGCCACAUCCGCAUCCACACGCACGAGAAGCCUUUCAAGUGCAAACAGUGCUUCAGAGCGUUCGCCGUGAAGAGCACCCUCACGGCGCACAUGAAAACGCACACCGGCAUCAAGGCCUUUGAGUGUCAGAGCUGCCGGAAGUGCUUCUCCACCUCCGGCAGCAUGAAGGUCCACAUGCGGCUGCACACGGGCGUGCGUCCCUUCUCCUGUCCCCACUGCGACAAGAUAUUUCGCACCUCGGGCCACAGGAAAACACACAUAGCCUCUCACUUCAAAAGCCUGCAGCAGAAGAAGCAGAAAUUUCCCCGGAAAACCAACAAAGCCAAAGUGUCCAAAAGCACCCUACCAUUGCCUGACAUCCCCUUACAGGAACCCAUCUUCAUUUCUGACUACGGCCUCGUCACGUCCCAUAACCCCCGCCUGGCCUUUCAACAGUACCUGGACGUGGUGAGCAAUGACAGGCCUUACAAGUGCCAGUUCUGCAGCAAGGCCUACAAGAAAUCAAGCCAUCUCAAACAACACGUCAGAUCACAUACAGGAGAAAGGCCGUACAAGUGUGUGCAGUGCAGUCGUGGCUUUGCCUCCUCAGGAGUCCUCAAAGCUCACAUCCGGACGCACUCGGGCCUGAAGGCAUACAAGUGUCUGAUCUGCGACACAACAUUUACCACCAGCGGCAGCCUGCGGCGCCACACCACCACUCACAGUGACAUCCGACCUUACAUGUGCCCCUACUGCCAAAAAACCUUCAAGUCUUCACCCAACUGCAGGAAGCACAUGAAGACGCACAGGUAUGAACUGGCCCAGCAGCUCCAGCCUCAGUCAGCAGAAGACCCCUUAGCAGCAGGAGAUGUGGCCCAUGACAUGCCGGUGGAAAUGGAGGCCGAGUCUCUCCAACAAAAUGCCGCUGCAGAGCAGCAAAGCAUGCUGGGACUGGGCCAAGCAGAGGUCGUCAACGGAGGCCAGCAAGUAACACUGGAAGCCCCCCUCACAGAUCAACCGCUCGUACAAGAAGACGCGUAUGUGACCUCGCAGCACGCUUUACCUCAGAACAUCAGCCAGUUCGAGACGCCAACGCUUCCUCAGCCAGCAUUUGACCAGCAAUCUCUAACCCAAGGCUUCACCAUCACUGACACGAGCUACAAUCAGCCCCAGUUCUCCACAGUCCAACAACUGCAGGACUCCAGCACCCUGGAGUCUCAGGCCCUAUCGUCCAGCUAUCACCCCCCAAACCUGCUUCACGUUCCUGGUGCCGAGGUGACAAAUGGACUUCUCCAGCAGAGCAGCCCGAACGAUCUUCAGCUGACCACAGAAGUGCCGGACUACCAGGAGGACAGUGAAGACAACACGAAGAGGGCCUACAGGUGCACGUGGUGUGAUAAAGGUUUUAAAAAGUCUAGUCAUCUGAAGCAGCACAUCCGAUCCCACACAGGGGAAAAACCCUUCAGGUGUCAUCUCUGUGGCCGGGCCUUUGUGUCAGCCGGGGUGCUGAAGUCCCAUCUGAACACUCACACAGGAAUGAAGCCUUUUAAGUGCGAUGUUUGUGACGCCUCAUUCACCACCAAUGGAAGCUUGAGCCGCCACAUGAUUAUCCACAUAAAGUCUUUCAAAUGCCCACUGUGCAACGAGAGCUUCCGGACCAACGUGGUGUGUAAGAUACACAUGAAGAAGGAGCACGGUAUGGAGGAGCAAAGUCUGGAGAGUCAAGAUGGGGAGGACGAAGAUGAAGAUGAGGACAGCGAACAAAAGGCUUCAAAGAGGAAGGGUUUGGAGAUCAUCACUUUCACGGAGGAGCAGGCAGCCGAGCUGGCCAAAGAUCCCGGCGAGGAGGCCUCUGUGUCGGAGCGAAUCCUGGCCCAGUCGGCGGCCGAGAGGGAUCGGAUCAGUGAGAUCAAAGACAAAGCCGUGGAGCUGGAAACGGAACCCAAGUUUGCCAACUGCUGCAAUUAUUGCCCCAAAAGCUUUAAGAAGCCCAGUGACCUUGUCAGGCACAUCAGGAUUCACACAGGCGAACGACCCUACAAAUGUGAUGAAUGUGGAAAGAGUUUCACAGUCAAAUCAACUCUUGACUGCCAUGUGAAAACACACACAGGCCAGAAACUGUUCAGCUGUCACAUGUGCAACACCUCCUUCUCCACAAAGGGCAGCCUGAAGGUGCACAUGCGCCUCCAUACCGGCUCCAAGCCCUUCAAGUGUCCUUUCUGCGAGCUACGCUUCAGAACUUCAGGCCACCGCAAAACCCACAUCCAGUGUCACCUCCGUCCAAACAGCGACAGCCGCAAAGCCAAGCGCGCCUCUUCAUCCAUUAGUCUGGCCAGACAGAAUCAAGACCUGAGCACGGGGCAGGCUGUGGCUUCAGGCCAAGGGCAGCAGCCCACUUCCUCUGAGGCCCUUCAACCCGUGUGUCUGUUUCAAACCUCCAACUCCGACCCUAGCAUUUACCUUCCAGCCAAUCAAGUCCUGGCGGGCCAGUUUGAUCAGAAUUUGAUGCAACCAGGACUUGUAGGCCAAGCCAUCCUGCCUGCCUCCAUGUCAGGAGAGCUGACCGUGUCUCUCCCCGACGGCCUGACAACACUAGAUGGCAUCCACUUACAGCUGACUCCGGCCAACCUGGUGUGCCCCAACGUCCAGAUCUCUGGCAUCGAUACUAGCAACAUCAACAACAUCACGCUACAGAUCGACCAUGCCCUCCUCCAGCAGACCUUGCAGCAGAACAAUCUUCUCCCUCAGCCCCUGAGCGUUGACACGGGCCUGGUGUCCCACUCGGGCAGCCAGCUCAUGUCUACGACAGACACCUCGGUGUCUGCCAACGUAGUGAUCCACCCUCUGACCAGCCUUGCCCUGCAGCCGUCCACUAUCACACCUCCACAGGUCUCAAUGGCUGCCCUGACCGAGCAGGAUCCUGCAGGCUCCCAAGAUCUAAAUCAUGUCAUGGGUAGCUCUGGGCUGGUAUCCGGGGGCAGCAGCAAUCAGGAGAUUACUCUGACUAUCAACAAUUCCAGCCUGACGCAAGCCCUCGCCCAGGUCCAGGCCCAGGCCUCCUCUGCUGGUUCCAGCACGGCUGCAGGAAACCCUCAGGAGAUCACCCUCACCAUAUCAGGUCAAGAUUUGCUCCCCCCGCAUAGCAAUCCAAAUGGAACAGAGAUGACUGGCGGCAUCAGGCUGGCAUCGUCGCUCACCAGCCAGCCCGGCAACGCAACCCUGACCAUCACCAAUGACCACCUUCUACCUCAGAGCCCCUCCAACACUGGAAUGGCAGUCACCAGUCUGCCAUCUAGCACCACUUUGUCGCAUACUGCUGCCUCCCAGAGCCUGGUGAUGUCACCGGGGGGUAUGGCCAGUGACGGCAGUGUCACCCUAACCCUCGCAGAUGCCCAGGGCAUGCUGGACGGUGUCACCCUGAACCUAAAUACACAGGCCCAGACAUACCCGGCAGUGCUGAAUGAGUCGGACAUACCGGUACAGCCGGUCACCUCGGGCCAGCAGGUCGUACUGGUCAGCCACAAUCCCCAGCCGACCAACGGAGCGCCUGACAAUAGCUACAGCAAUACCAAUGACGGCCAUAAAGGUGGGAAAGGCCAACAGAUGGAGUCCGACAGCCGGAACCAGUGUUUCUACUGUAGCCAGGUGUUUCAGAAUGCCAAUUCUCUGCGACGCCACUGCCGACAGGCGCACGGCAAAGACCGCUGUCACGUCUGCAGCGUCUGUAGGAAGGCCUUCAAGCGAGCUACGCACCUCAAGGAGCAUGAACGAGUGCAUCAGCCAGGCCCAUCACCCAGCUCCCAGAAACCUAAAGUCUUCAACUGUUCUUCUUGCGUGAAGGCUUUUGCCAAGCGUAGCCAGCUGGAGAGGCACAACCGAACACACACAGGCGAGCGACCCUUCAAGUGCAGCGAGUGUGACAAGGCCUUCAACCAGAAGAGCGCCCUCCAGGUCCAUAUGGUCAAACACACUGGAAAGAAGCCCUUUAAGUGUGAGGUGUGCAGCAUCAGGUUCACCCAGAAGAGCAACAUGAAACACCACAUGAAGAGGUCCCAUGGCUACGUCCAAAUGCAGGACGUGGCCCUGGGCCAAGAGGAGCCCUCGCCCCAGGUCGAGGUCACGCCCGAGCUUGAUCUGGAAGUGGUCCCCGAAUCAACCGGAGACUGGCACAACGUGUUCCCGUGAAAAGAAAAAGAAAGAAGAAAGGGAGCGACCGUAGCGCUUAGUUUCUCAGUGUGACGUGGGGGGGAAAGAAAGCUUUUGGACUUUAUAAAUUCGCCCCGGCUCCUAUGGAGGAUUCGAACUCCACAAGGGAGCCGUGUUCUGUCUAUCCAAAUUAGCGGUGAAAGUCAGGGGAGUCUGGUUCUCCGGAUCAGCCUAAUGACUUCAAUCUGUUUUGCUGCCGUCUUUUGUCAUCAGCGAGA